CGAUCCACUUGUUACACCGAAGAACGGUCAAUUCUAUUAAGAGUUGUAUAUUAUUAAUAAAUGUAUUUUCAUAAACAAUCAGCGGACGGCAGACGCACCCACAGGUGUCCUUACUUAUUCCUACCUGUACAACCAAACGGUCGAAAUCAUGUCUCACUGUUUACUCAUUGUCUUGUGACAUCCUGAAAAAUGAAAAACUGUACCGGAAGUGCCCCACUCUGACGCAGACGAUGACAGAGUAUUGGGCUACAGAACAUGAUGAAGAAGAAAACCACUUGAAACAUUGAUGGCAGCUAAACUGAACUUUGUGAUUGUGUUUUCUUUCUGUUUUAUACUUGGAGCAAACGCCAACCGACUAUUUGUACCCUUAGAAGUUGGGUCGUGGAUAGAGGGACAGAGACUGUGUGCAGAGAAAGGCGGAAGACUCCUUAACACGAAUGAUUUCUCGUUCUAUUUGGAAGAGACACUCAAAAACUUCGAGCCAGGGCGCAACUUCUGGAUCGGAGACGUCCAGAGGGUUUCCGAAUUGAUUCACAUCGAAGGUUGCUAUGACAGAAGCUCCAUCCAAGCAAUGCUCUCCAGCUCCAUUCUAUUCACAUCGGCCUUGACACCAGCACGAUGCCAGGAAGUUUGUUGGAAUGAAUACAACUCCAGCUAUUUUGCCAUUAAGCAGGAGGAGUGCUAUUGUCUACAAGUUCUAAAAGACAUUACAUCUCUGAACUUGACUUCUGUCGCCAAAUGUGACUACAAGUGCAACACAAAGGAACCUCCGCGUGCAUGUGGUAGCAAAGAUGGCGGGGACGUCGACGCACUGAGCGUCUAUAAAUCUUCUAUGGUCCCAGGAGGGUCCAACAAUCGUUGCUUCAAAAUAGAAUGUAGUUCCAACAAAGGGUAUAUGAGCGAAAGUUGUUCAAAGCCAUUAAAGCCUUUCUGUUCUCAAAACGUUAGCAUGGUUGCCUCUAACUGGAACAUUUCUUAUGAUCAGUGCAACAAAGGAAAUGGCUAUUUGGAUGGAAGAGCAAAUUUAGAAGAUGUUAUGAGUAAAUGCAGGGAAAUUCAUGAACGAUUUCCAAAUGAUUAUGUUUUUUGGCUUGGGAUCAGGAGACAGUCAUUUCAAACAAUGGAUCAAGGAUAUUCCACUAGGCCUGAUACAUUAGAGAAAUGCGAGUAUUUUAACACCAGCUCGGAUUUGCGACAAACAGAUUUGAACUGCUCGACUGCUAGAUACAGCGUCUGUGUGUUGCCCAAUGGAAUGGGAAGGAAUGGUAAAACCAUCCCGUCAGACAGCACAAACGAAGAUCCAAACGGUCAGAACCAUACCGCUGUGAUAGUCGGGGGCAUUGUGGGAGGGGUGCUGGCCAGCGCAACCAUCUUCAUCGUGCUGCUUCUUUACACAAGAUGGAAACGAAAUCGACAUAAAGAGGACCGGGCGAUAUCUGAAGUCACCAACUCACUGUCUAAAGUACUUGACGAAAACGUUCAGUCUUCAGUUGAUAAAUAUUCAGUCGUAAAUGGCAAGGGAACAGAGGAAGACAUGUAUUAUGAGAGCCAAAACGAGUAUGAUAUUCUUGGAAAAAAGCGGUCAAAAACGAAAGUGCAAGAAGAUAACUUUUACAACAUGUCUGAAAACCCAGUAAAUCAGAAUGAAUACGCGCGAGCGGAUCAGGUUUCUAAAAGGGUGUCUGAUACUGAGGACAUGUACGACCACACCAAUGACAGCGACAUGUAUGGGGUCUCGCUGGUUAUAGAGAGUGAAAAUGUAUACAACCAGAGCAAUAGCUGAGACCCACACGCGAGUCCAUAAGGUGACAAGGCAUUUUAAUCCACAGACACCGUGAUUAUUUUAAUGUACUAAGUAUAAUUUUAACCUCGUAUUCCAUAGAAUCUCCGGGAAAAAUACACGCAUUAUGAUUUUUAUCUUAGCGGGGGGUAUCAAUUGUGAGCUUGCUCACAGUACCUCUAGUUUGACACAAGUUUCAGAUUAAUUGGACAAAUGUUUCUUUUAAACCUCAUGUUACUACGGCGACCAUUUUGAAUUUAUACGAUCACUAAUGGCACGCUACAUGACAUAUACUGUACAUCUCCAUCUCUGUUAUUAUAUUAAUGUGAAUUUUUUUUUCUUGAUUUUCUUAUUGCAAUGUUACAAAACUAUUUUUAAGUAAACUAAUUUCACAAAUGUUAUCUGAAUAAUUAAACAACCAUAUAGGUAUAAAUUUUCACGAUAGCAAUAUUAUUGAUACAACAUGAUAUUGUAUUAUGUUUACAUUCUACUGUGUUUUUCCAUUAAAUUUUGUGAUGUUUAAAGAGGUUCGCUCCUUAGUUUUGGGUAGCCAUUUUCGGUCACCUCUAGUCUGAAAAUUCUGCAUCACGUAUUAAUUCUAAAAGUAUAUUUACAUUUUACAAUGCCAAAUAAACUUAUUGAAUAAAAUAGUUUUUUUUAAAUUUACAUUUAAAUGAGACAUUAAAUGUAUGUCUACUUGUAUGCAAAGUUUUGGAAAGAUGACAUUACUAUAUUUUUAUUUUAUUUGCGUUAUGAUUUGAUUGCUCAAAAAUUUUGUAACAUCGGUUGUUGUGUUCAUUAUGUACUGGCCUUUGAAGCCACCAGUAAAGCAAGAAUUUUCAAA